AUGAACCGGUUAGCAGGAAGACUAUCAUCGUUGCAAGCUAUUCGGUUUAGCUCAUCUGCUCCACCACAGUUUCACUUGGAGAGAUUGACUGGUAAAGAUGCUGGUAUUGUUGUAUUUCAUAUGAACAGACCUGAAACCAAGAAUGCGAUCAGCAAAAUAUUCCUUCAACAGUUACGGGAAAGUAUAAGCACUGUUCGUUUUUGUAAAGACACGAGAGUUGUAAUAUUAAAGAGUGAUGUACCAGGCGCUUUCUGUACAGGAGCCGAUUUAAAGGAAAGGAAGACUAUGCCUACCGAGGAGGUGCCCGUCUUCGUGGACAAGCUUCGAUCCUCGUUUUAUGAGCUUGAAACUUUGCCACAGCCCGUGAUUGCUGCAAUCGAUGGAUUUGCUCUUGGCGGUGGGCUAGAAAUGGCUCUUUCUUGUGAUAUACGCGUAGCUUCCAAGAAUGCUAAAGUCGGACUGACUGAGACGAAACUCGCCAUAAUUCCUGGGGCAGGUGGAACUCAAAGAUUAGCUCGCGUUGUUGGUCGUUCAGUCGCUAAGGAACUCAUUUUUACCGCCAGAAUGAUUGGAGGCGAAGAAGCAGCGCGAAUCGCACUCGUUAAUCAUGUUGUAGAGGAUCCAUUCAACAAAGCUUUGGAAAUUGCACGAGAAAUCAUUCCACGGGGACCUGUCGCUGUACGAUUGGCCAAAACAGCUAUUGAUUUGGGCUCCCAAAUGGAUUUAUCAAGUGGUCUCCUUGUAGAACAACAAGCAUACGCUCAGAUUGUACCAACCAAAGAUCGUAUUGAAGGAUUGAAGGCUUUCGCUGAAAAAAGAUCACCUGUAUACAAAGGAGAAUAG